AUGGAUUUGGUCGCUCAAGAAUUGAGUGAACCUUAUAAUGUUUACACAUAUCGAUAUUUUCUUGAUGAAUGGUAUGUCCCCAUUCACCACGCAAUAGCGGUGAUUGUAUGUAAACAAGAGAGUCAUAAAGGUAAAACGAGUAGAGGAUAUAUUGCUAUGCUCAGUGUGGAUAAAGAUUGGAGAAGGAGGGGGAUAGCUUCCAAACUUGUUGAACUGGCAAUAGUUGAAAUGACCCGCAGAGGUGCACAUGAAGUCGUUCUAGAGACCGAACACGACAACCUCACCUCUCUCGCAUUAUACGAUUCCCUCGGAUUCCUCAGAGAAAAGCGUCUGCAACGAUUUUAUUCGAAUGGUAAAGAUGCGUGA